AUGUCUGGCGGGGUGUACCCUAUGGACAUGCAACAGCUCUCUGAGCAACCCUCGACUCCCACCAAAGCCACCUUUGGUAAUGAGUUUUUCAAAAUCUUCGGAGGUCCUAAGAAGGUCACUCGAGAUGGCACGACGCCCAAGCGCCGCGGCCCCAAGCCCGACAGCAAGCCUGCGCUCACGCGGCGACAGGAACUGAAUCGCCAAGCUCAGCGCACUCAUCGCGAACGAAAGGAACAGUACAUGCGAGCCCUGGAGACGGAGGUGUCGCGGUUGCGGGAGGCCUACACCAAUGAGAUCUCCGAUGCGAACGUCGCUCUCCAGCAACACAAGGAGCUGCUCCAUACGGCGCGGGGCGAGAACGAAGUCUUGAAGGAAAUUUUGGCCGCCCACGGCAUCAACUAUGGACCUGAGCUGGAGCAGCGGAUGGCCGAGCGCGGCCCGCUGGUUGGAUUCCAGACGAGCCCCGUCCCAGCCAGCAGCAGCGGAUCGAACACUGCGGGUUUCACGAACUCGACUAGCAACCCGAAUGUGACGCCGGCAACCUCUAUUUCCACGGGCUUGAGCCCCGGCGCGAACGGUGGGGCGGAGCACCCCGACAUUUCUCCCCCGAUGGGCUUCGUGCCUCAACAGCAAGUAUAUCACACCUGCGCGAACGAAAGCUUAGGAUUGGAUCGGUCUGCAUGCCAGGUGGUCGACUCGCCUGUACCAGCCAUGCGCGGCGUCUUCGAGAGCGACCCACAACUCCAGAUUGACUUUAUCUUGACACUCGAAGGACCUUGCCGCGAACACACCGACUACCUCUGCCGCCGCUCUAUCACCGAGGCUGACGACGAGGAUAUGCCCUUUUCUGGCCACGCGCUGAUGGCCACCUGCCCGCCGCCCAGUUACAUCGCCAACACCACCCCCGCGCAGGCAUAUCCGCACAAGACCUACGACCUGCCACUCGCCAACCUCGGCACUCUUCUUAAUCUGAGUCGCCAGCUCGUCACCGAUGGCCAGAUCACACCUAUCAUGGCGCUGCAGUGCCUGAAGAACCACGAGCUGUACCAGUCGCUCGGCCGCGACGACGUCAAGAUCAUCAUCGAGACGCUCAACACCAAGGUCCGCUGCUACGGCUUUGGCGCCGUCGUCGAGGACUUUGAGCUCAUCGAUUGCCUGAGCAGUGUGCUGGGCACAACGGUGGAUCUGAGCAUGGCGCUGGCCCGGGAUGACUCGAUGUAUGCUUGA